UUUACAUUCGGGUAAUUGACUAUUGUGGGAGCUCACAUAGUCAACUUCGUAAAUUUAAACGAAAUUAAUACGUAAAUUAAAUUUUUGAGAUAAAUAAUAGCAAAAAAUGGCUCACGAAGGCGCAAAAUUUACUGGUAUUCAAAAAUACUUCAACAGUACUACAGAUUUUGGCAGAGCAAACACUUCCAAAUUGACGCUCAGUGUUCUGGGAUUAAUAAUUGCUUACAAUCUCCUGAAACCAAAGAAACAGAAAACUCAACCGAGCGCUUAGAUGGAGAUCUGUCAUGCAAAAUGUAGCACACAAGAAUAUAACUUAUGUAACAACAGUAUAUUCUUUUCUGGUCUACUAUAAUUUUUUUGUUAAAAAAAAAAAAUUACGCCUCUAAAAAUGUUAAAUAAAAAAAAUAGAUAAGAUAAAUUACUUAUCUACAAUUAUAA